AAACCUCCUGCUCCUCCUUUUCGAACCAGGGAGAGAUAUCAUAUAUUUAGGUCAUGCUCAACGUUCAGUUUGGUCAUACUUUUUGAUACCUAAAUGUCUGGUGGCAACUUCAGGUCAGUAGAGUCACCUGAGACUAACGACUUUUCCAACAACUCGAAUUUUGAGUUUUCGGAGUACUUGAUGAUCGGCGAGUGGCUCGAUGAAGAUCCGAGUUCCGUGGCUUCGGAGUUAUCUGUCCAGAAUUCGGGUUUUCGAGCAAAUGAAGCUGAUGACUCUGGUGCAGGGAGCAGCCAACAUGGAUUGUCUACUAGCAGAGGAGAGAGUGGAAGCAGCCGGGAGAGGCAGGAAACUAGAGAGAGAGUUGCAUUCAAAACAAAAUCAGAGGUUGAAAUAUUGGAUGAUGGGUUCAAGUGGAGGAAGUAUGGUAAAAAGGUGGUGAAAAACAGCCCUCAUCCAAGGAAUUACUACAAGUGCUCAGUUGAAGGGUGCCUUGUGAAAAAGAGAGUUGAAAGAGAUAGAGAGGAUCCAAGGUUUGUAAUUACAACUUAUGAGGGUGUCCAUAACCAUCCAGGCCUCUAAUUUUUUAGCAUUUUUAGAGUUUUGAGGGAUGAGACUUCUCAGGAUGUUAAAUGCAGUCUAUUUCGUUGACAACGCCUGAAGUAAUGGGACUUGUAAUUCAAUAACACUUUAGGCACAAAAAGGUUUUUUUUUCCCAAAUGUUUGUUCGCGUAGUGGAGUGAACAAAGACUGCCAUAUGUUUCAUGGAGCCAAUAUGUACUAAAGUUAUGGCUAUAAAUUUCUUGUGCAAAAUAUCCAUACUUUCUCAAUUGACGGAUUUUGUAUCUGUAACAUGUACCACAUUUUGGUAUUAACGCGUUAGCUAUUAGUGUUAAAAA